GAGGCCAUUAUCUAUAUAUGCCCCAUGCAUCCUCAUUAGGGUUUCCAUAUCCAACUCAUCGUAUACUAACCCUGGCUAGCAAGUCAAUUGCUAAAGCAGUGCAACUUUCAAUUCAUUCUUUCUUCGAUUCAAUUUUAAUAGUUUUAACGCUACCAUUUCACUUAGAAAUCACAAGCGCACCCAAAGAUUUUUGUAAAUUUUGACGAAAUGGCUGCCAAAGUCGGUGCUGCCCUCGCUCUUUUUAGUUCGGUCUCUUCGGUUGUGAAAAAAGUGGCUGCAAGCAUUACGAAAUCCACAACUAGCAGUAGUACUACCGCUACAACUUCUUCUGCCACCGCCACCACCACAACGUCCUCAUCCUCGACCUCGAGUAGCUCUUCGAGUUCAACCGUCUUCUCUGCCCUUGGAAACCUUGUGAAGCUCCUCCCUGCGGGGACGGUCUUCCUCUUCCAGUUUCUCAGCCCCAUCACGACCAACAAUGGGAGUUGCAGCGCCGGCAACAAGGCCAUGACUGCUAUCCUCAUUGCUGUAUGCGGGAUCUCCUGCUUCAUAUCUUCCUUCACCGACAGUUACAAGAGCUCCGAUGGUUCCACCCAUUAUGCGAUCGUGACCUUCUCAGGCUUGUGGUCCAGCUCCUCCUCCUCCUCAUCAUCAUCCUCAAGUACGGGCCUGUCCUCGUACCGGCUCCGCUUCGCAGACUUUGUCCAUGCUUUCAUGACUGUUAUCAUUUUCGCAGUCCUCUCGCUUCUCGACACGAACACUGUCAAUUGCUUCUACCCAUCAUUCUUGUCGACGGACAAGACCAUCAUCAUGGUCUUGCUCACUGUGAUUGGCUCAAUCUCGAGCACAGUCUUCGUGCUAUUUCCCAGCAGUCGCAAUGGGGUUGGGUCAGCCAGCAGCACCAGUUCAAGUUCCGUUUCGAGCUAGACUUCCUCCGGAAACACACCAUCUUCAGCAUAAUUCAUUAAAUAUGCAUGGGCGGCGUGGAAUCAAAUGGAAUUUGUCAUCCAACUAGGAUUUCUUUUACACAUAUUUAAUUUAUAAUCGGAUAGUAAAUUGUGUAUCAGCUUAAAGAAUGUUGCUUAAUUAGUAUAUGCGAUUUUUUUGGUGUGUGUUUGCUUGAUAGUAAAUUAUA